UAAUUAUUAUAUUUUAUGUGUACGAUAUUAGACGACUUAUACAGUGGUUUUUUUAUAUUUUUUAUUGCGUCACUCUUCUACGGACGCAAACAAUAUUAGACCCCUUCGUUCUCCACAAUAGGCUUGUGUCAUGACGUCUCUGCCACUGCUUCGAUCUGAAAGGAUGGAGGCAGAACCAUCAAUUCCCUCACAUUCACUCCGGGAUCAGAUUUCUAAAUUUACUACAUUGGUCACUGAAGCAUACAAAAGAAAGCCUAUCCAUUAUUGGAUUCUCCUUGUUCUUAGCAUCAUGGCAAUGCUUGUGGCAUUUCCUGCUUCCAGCAUUCUGUCACGUGUUUAUUAUUCUAAUGGUGGUCAGAGCAAGUGGAUCAUAUCUUGGGUGGCUGUUGCUGGAUGGCCUAUAACGGCCUUAAUAUUGUUUCCUGCAUACUUCAUCAGUAAGACCUUUCCUACUCCUCUGAACAUAAAACUGAGUCUAUCAUAUAUCAUUUUGGGUUUUCUAAGUGCUGCUGACAACCUCAUGUAUGCUUAUGCCUAUGCUUAUCUCCCUGCAUCAACUGCCUCACUUGUGGCAUCAUCAUCGCUUGUGUUUUCUGCACUUUUUGGAUACUUCCUUGUGAAGAACGAAGUGAAUGCUUCAAUAAUGAAUUCUGUUUUUGUCAUAACUGCUGCAUUGACUAUCAUUGCCUUGGACUCAAGUUCAGACAGAUAUGCUAAUAUUAGUGACAGUGAAUACAUCAUGGGAUUUGUAUGGGAUGUUUUGGGAUCUGCUCUUCAUGGGCUUAUUUUUGCUCUCUCGGAGCUGGUCUUUGUGAGGUUGCUUGGAAGAAGAUCCUUCAUUGUUGUUUUGGAACAGCAAGUCAUGGUUUCUCUAUUUGCAUUUCUGUUCACCACUGUUGGGGUAAUUGUGAGCGGUGAUUUUCAAGGAAUGGCCCAUGAGGCUACAACCUUCAAAGGGGGUAGAGCUGCUUAUUAUCUUGUUCUUAUUUGGGGUGUAAUAACUUUCCAGUUGGGGGUUUUGGGGGCAACUGCCGUAAUUUUCUUGGGUUCUACUGUACUAGCUGGUGUACUUAAUGCAGUACGCACACCCGUAACAAGCAUUGCUGCUGUCAUCCUGCUAAAUGACCCAAUGAGUGGUUUCAAGAUCCUCUCCCUAGUGAUCACCUUUUGGGGAUUCGGCUCAUAUAUUUAUGGCAGUUCUACGGGUGAGAAAUCAUCAUAAGAAAAUGUGACCAUAGAUUCCCGUUCUUAAGAUUCCCUCUUCAGAAAUUCUAAGGUGAUUGUUGUAAGAUAUAUGAUUAUAUUUCCAUGACAAAAUAUUGGGAAUGUUAUCAGUGGAUAAAUGACAAAUAUGGUUCUUUCUAUUUAGGUUAAAUCAUAAAUAUGCUGCAUGAGUGUGUAUAGCAGUUUCAAA